AUGCGCAUCAGCUCGGCCAUCGCAGCGGUUGCGCUGUUGCUCGCCCCAGCGGCUCUUGCUGACUUGCCUCCCGGGGACUGGUCGGGGGAGACGACCAUCACGGUCACAUCCUCCUACUCGACCACCCUUACCGUUACCAAGUAUCUCACAUAUGCCAACGCAACAACGACAAGCAAUUCCAGCGGCUACUAUGCCCACCCCACCGGCUGGAAUGCCACCUCUACCACCCCUACGGGCGCAAUUACGGUCAACAAGCCGACAUUGACCGCCCCGGCUACUUCCAGCCUCGCUAUCUCGCCGCCUAUCGCAUCUGCAACUGGCGGAGCGAGCGCACAGGAAAUCAACUUCGCAAUGGCCGCCCUGGCGGGCGCCGCUGCCGUCUUCUUGGGCUCGUUAUAG